CCAGCCUGGCCCCAACGACCGGAAGUGCUCGCAGACAUUUGAGACUGUAAUGCUUGCAGGCACAAUCGGUGUGAAACCUUUAAACCUGGAGAUGAAACUGUGGAAGACUAAAUUUGGGAGGAGCGACAGCAGGAGACCUUUAAUAGAGAAUAACAACAACAACAACGAUGAAAACCAACAGGAUGGUACCUGUUGUGACAGCGUUGUGGCUCAGAACAAUUCCAACAGGAACCAGGAACAACACCUGCAGAGUGAAGAACAGAUCAACGGUCAGCAACUAGCUGAACUUCUGGGUGUGGCCCCUGAUGCCGACCGCAAACACCUCAUACUAAGUUCUAUGUCCCAGCGCUUCCCAAAGCCACCGGUAGAUGUGGACCAGAACCUCCCUCAGCACCUGUUAAAUGUGCAGGAAACUAUGCACAAAGACCUUGUAAAGCUGGGUCCCCUGUUUAAACCAAUGGGGUUGAUGGGAUGUCUGAUUGAAAGCUACCAUCGUCAGACAUUUGAACACCUCGAUGAUCUACUCAACAAAAUCAGCUCCUCCAAGAAUUGCUUUACGCUGAUGAUGUGGCUCCGAGAUACAUAUCUGAGUCAGGAGCUAUGUGAUCAGUCUGACCUGCAUGAAAUGGAUCCCAUGAAAACAGUUGACAUGCUGCUGUUCACAGAGUGUGCAGCAAAAGCAAAGAACAAACUGCUGGAACAUUUAAAGAAAGAGGUCAGAUGGUUCCUCGAGGGAAUCCUGCAGCAUGAGAGAAGCACAGAAGCUUACGAUGAACUUUAUCUGGACACUAUUCAGUGCAUUGAUGCCAUGCACAGAACAGCACAAAAAAUCAGCCAAAAACUCUCUGACUACGUGCAGGAGGUUUGUUUCCAAGAGCUGGGGAUGUUUCUGGAGAGCUACACCACUAUGCAGAUUGAGAUUCUUGAAGAGAAAGCAAAAAUGGACAAACCAGAAACCAAACACUUCUUUAAGACUUUGAACAACUGUAAUAAACUUGAGCAGUAUGUCCAGCCCAAAGCUAAAGGCAUCCUUAUCCAGGAAACCAAAGACCAUAGCCUCUUUGAGGAAACCAUGGCAACGCUUGGAAACAUGGAGGAUUUUACUUUGGAUCUUCUGAUGAAAGUCGUAACUAACACUGCAAAGAGCCACCUUAAGAGAUACUUCAAAUCACACAACAAGGAAUUCUUCCUCCUAAUCGACGAAGUAAAGAGUCUUUUCUCUGAGCUGUCAUGCUGUCAGGAUAUAGGCCUACAAAAGAGAGUGAUAGACGAGGCCUACAAGCUCAUCGUUCACUUUUACCUGAAAUAUCUUAUCCAAAGCAAACAGAGCAAACUGAGAAAGUGCUGGAGCCAAAAUGUUGGACAAACAGUCGCUGAAGAUGCAGAGAUUCUUCACGACACCUUCUCUGCCCUGGCUCCUGGUGUCCGACAGUGGAACCUCAUGCUGCUGAAAGUCAAAGAACUGUUGGAGUGUGAAAGCAUCGAUGUGACAAAGCUGACAGUUGGAAGCAUGCAGAAAGACUGUUGCACAUGGAGCGAGGACCUGAAGCUCCUGCCCAAACUGCUGCAAUGGAAAGGUCUCUCUGGACGGGAGGUGCUGAAGAUCCUGGAGGUCCUGGAGGACCUCCCUGAAUAUCAACCCACACCCAGACCCAGAUCUGUUUUCUGGUUCUGUUGUCUUACUGGCUAGUAAAGGCCGAGCUGCUCUAUGAAGAAGAUCAACUGCAACAAGCAAAGAGGUUCGGGAGUCAUGAACAUUUUCAGAUGAUCUGAAUCCUGUUCAGCCCACUCUGUUACUGGUGUCACUUCUCAAGUCGAAUCUGUAGAUAGAGAAGCUUUGACACAAAAUGGAUUAAGUCUGUGUACAAGUGGCUGCUUGUGUAUAAGUUUGCCCAAAUGUCACUGAUUUCCUUUCAACUGUUUUCGUUUCAGGAAACUAGAUACUAUUUUAAUGCAAAAGAACAUUCUUUUUUUCAUUCUGAAAGUUACAGUACAUAGCUGAUUCUUGAAAUGUUUUCUACAAUGUAACAGUCCGCUCUCUCUUCUUGAAUGUACUGUAGCGAACGCCGGAGAGCGGGCUGUACCCAGCAUGCCGUUCAUGGGGGGUCAAAGUUAAUAGGGGUACCCUUUCAACCCGCUACACAGUGUGUACAUAACACACUACUAAUACGUAGGUCCCGUAGAUCUCAGGAGCUUGUUCUCAACACUGCACUUUCUCAGGGUCUAAGCAAUUCCCCCGCCAGGUGUGAAGCCGAUCGGAUAAAAUGGUUGUGGGGAAAAUCAAAGGACAGACAGAGAGUCCUUUCGUUUUAGAUGAAGGUGGAUUAUGGUUAAAGGAAAAAUGACAUGUUUCUGGAUGUUUUCACACCGUUGACAGGGAAAUUUGCUUUUGUUCAAGAGCCUUUACCGUUAGGAGCUACAUAUUUAAUAAAAAGGAAAAAAAUUUAAGCUCUGAUAAUCAAAAGAUAAGAACAAAUAAUUCAAGUCAGUAAAGGGAAACGUUUUUUGGUCUGCUAUGCAGUUACAAAAUUACCCUUCUUUUGUUUCAAACUCUUACAUUUUCUAGUACUUUAAUUUGCUCUGUGUGCUGGAGGUAGACUACUAAACGUCAAAGAAAUGGAACGGUACUGAUAAAGGUUCUCUGUCUAAAUACUUCUGAAUUUUACUUGAAUAACUUGUGCAGAGUACUUGUUGAUCUAUUUAUCUUCUAAAUUAAGGUAUAUAUGUGGGUUUUUCUGUGAUUUCUGCAUGCUAAACUUCUUAAUAAUGCAUUCUACUGAAACUACAGACGGUACAUUUUGUUUGAGUUGAACUGUGUUGGUUUACGGGUUUUAUUUCCCUAUUUAUUCCUAUUGCAAAGUUGUAUUUUCUGCUUUAAUGUAAAUAGUUAAUGGUUUUAAAUUUUAUGACUGUUAUAAACUGUAUUCUUCUGUGGUGGGGUUUUAUUUUUUGGUAGCUUAUAGCAAUCAAAUAGCAAAAGCAAUCAAUAAAAUGAUCACCCAAAGGUCA